AUCAGCUAGAGAGGUGCAACAAUGGAAGUUCAUAUCAUUUCCAGAGAAAAUAUAAAGCCAUCUUCCCCAACCCCUCAACACCUUAAAAUCUUCAAGCUUUCCCUUCUGGAUCAACUUAUCUGUUGUCCAUAUGCUCCGAUCGUCUUCUUCUAUGCGAUGAAUGACUCCACUGCUAGCCAUGAUCUUGACAUCCAAGAAAGAUUGGCCUUGCUAAAGACCUCUUUAUCAGAAACUUUGACUCGAUUUUACCCAUUUGCGGGAAAGAUGAAAGAUGAUCUUUCCAUCGAAUGCAACGAUGAAGGUGCUUAUUAUGUUGAGACUCGGGUUAACUGCUGUGUUGAAGAGUUCCUCAGCCAACCUGACCUCAUGUUGCUGCAUGAAUUCCUUCCUUGCGAUCUCAUUAAUACGAAGGAAUUGGCAACUGCAGGAGCUUGCGUGACUAACAUUCAAAUAAAUGUCUUUGAUUGUGGUGGCAUCGCCGUAGGCGUCUGCAUUUCACAUAGGAUCGUCGAUGGUGCCGCUCUGAGCACGUUUCUCAAAGCAUGGACUUCAACAGUUCGUGGCUGCGACAAAAAAAUAUACCCCAACUUGUUUGCUAAUUCGCAGCUCUUUCCUGCAAAUGAUUUGUGGCUUAGAGACACAGCAAUGGCGACAUGGGGUUGUUUGUUUAUAAAAGGUAAUUGUAUUACAAGGAGAUUUGUUUUCGAUGCUUCAGCAAUAACCACUCUCAAGAACCAGUCCACAAGCUCAACUGUGAAGAAUCCCACAAGGGUUGAAGCAGUUUCAGCUUUCAUAUGGAAGUACACCAUGGCUGCUUCAAAAGACAAAAACGGCUCAUCAUCAAGGCCGUCUUUAUUGACCCACUUAGUGAAUCUUCGUACAAGAAUGGUGCCUCCCAUAUCAGAUUAUUCUACAGGGAACCUCCUUUGGCUAGCAGCUGCCGAAUGCAGCCCGAAUACAUACAACCCAGAAUUGCAUAACUUGGCAGCCAAGAUGAGAAGGGCAAUAUCAAAAUUCGAUGGUGACUUUGUCAAGACGCUAACGAGUACCCAACAAGGCAACGCUGUAAUGUCUGAGUCACUGAAAGAGAUGGCCGAGUUUGGGGCCAAAGAUGAAGUAGAUUAUUUUGGAUUUAGCAGCUGGUGUAAAUUCGGGUUCUAUGAAAACGACUUCGGAUGGGGGAAGCCAGUAUGGGUGAGCAGCGUUGGUUUAAGCAGUCAAGUUUUUAUGAACCUCGUCAUUCUGGUUGAAACGAAAUCUGGUGAUGGCAUGGAAGCUUGGUUGACUUUGGAUGAGAAAGACAUGAAUAUACUUGUAAGCAACCCAGAGUUCCUCAGAUUUGCUUCAGUUGAUCCGAGUCCUUUGCUAAUUUGAUGACUUUGGGUUUGAGUCAAUAUCAAAUUGAAUCUUGUUUAAGUUUGAUUUGGAUUAUAUUUGACCUCAUGUAAGACACAUAUAGAUCUAAAAACCCUUAUGAAUUAGUUGUCUUGGAAACAAAUAAAUCUAUUACUUGAGAAAAAUAUUAGUUAA